CUGUUAAGCAUCACAGAGAUGUGCAACUAAACACAUGUGGCCUCUCGUUGUCAACACAUGAACACUUCCGCUCUUUAGCUUGGCUCGCCUGGAUUUGCCCAGUGGUGCCGCGGUGCAUGCCGGGCUGGAGGCGGACAGCUGUCUUCAGUUUGUGGAGGACCGACGUCAGUGUUUGUGCUGCUGGUCCGGGGAAGAUGGCGGAGGCUGCGGCUGUUCCACCGCAUCGGUUUUUCUGUCACUGUUGUAAAGGAGAAGUGAACCCCAAACUCCCGGAAUACAUCUGUCCAAGAUGUGAUUCAGGGUUCAUCGAGGAAGUAACAGAAGACUCCAGUCUCCUAGAGGGUGGCGCUAAUGGGAUAGAUGACACAGCCACACACUUUGCAGAGCUAUGGCACCUGUUGUUACUGGAGCGGCCAUUUACAGACGGCGACACACCCGACUCAGAACCUCGGCUCCCCGGAGGCCGUUUGGGGGGUCUCAGUGACCUGGGGGGUUUGGGAGGGGGACCAAUCGGGGGGUCAGUCCCAGCAGGCCUAGGGGGACCUAUGGGGGGUCUACUAGGAGCUGGGGACCACUGGGGACCAGGACGCCCCCCUCGCCUGCACAGCCAGAGGAGAUACCGGUCCAGAGGCAGCAGUAGGCCGGACCGCUCACCUGCUGUGGAGGGGAUUGUACAACAGUUUCUUACCGGCCUCUUUGCCAACUCCGGAGUCCCUGGCUCACCUCCCCUCUCAUGGACAGGGAUGCUGCACUCUAAUCCAGGGGAUUACGCUUGGGGACAGGGAGGGUUAGACGCCGUGAUAACACAGUUACUAGGUCAGUUGGAGAACACAGGACCUCCUCCAGCAGAGAAAGAGAAGAUCUCUUCUCUCCCAACGGUCAAUAUCUCUCAGGAACAAGCAGACUGCUGUAUGGAAUGUCCGGUGUGCAAAGAGGACUUCGCAGUGGGAGAGCCAGUCAGACAGCUACCCUGUAACCACUUCUUUCACUCAGACUGUAUAGUACCAUGGCUGGAAAUGCACGACACAUGUCCAGUGUGUAGGAAGAGUUUGAACGGAGAAGACCGCAGCAGCCAGCCCCCAUCAGAGUCCCCCUCCCUCUCCAUGGACCCCCGCACACAGGAGAGAUGGUCCUUCUGAGACACCCACCUGUGUCAUCCCUUCGGUUCUCCUCGCCUACAUCCAGCAACACACCGAGAAGAUGAAAAACGCUUCUCACUUUUCCUCUUUUCCAUCUCUGUUGCAGUCAUAAUCAUCUCAGUCUGAUAUUUUUUUUUUGUAUUUUUUAUUUUCUAUUUUAAUGCCUUUUCUCCUCAACCAUGUAUGCAGAAACCCAUACAGACGUCUUAACAGUCACUCGAGAUCACUGCAAGAUCUCCCUUCUUCUUCUUUUUUUUUUUCUGCCUAAUGACAAACCAGCCUCGAUAGAUGAUGAUCAAGCCCGUGUCUUCUCCAUUUCCCCCCCUCAAGCAAACUCCUCCCCCAACUUUCUUGAAAUGCACUGCUGCGCUACACUAUUGUGAGGAAAUGCCAGACUUUAUAUCAUACACCAUUCCCUUGUUACUCAUCUGAAAACUAGCUAGAUCCUGCAACUGAGCCCUGGUUACUUUCACUCUUGGCAUUUACAGGGACUGGACCUGGCAACAUGAACACCUACAGUAUACCCCUGCAAUAAAUGUUGUGUUCAUGAAGGGUGUAACGUUUAAUUUUUCUUUUUGUUGAGACUGUCAGGAAGAUCAUGAUUGGAUUCUGGGUCGCACCACAAAUGGAAGCUGUGACAUCAAAUGAAAACAAGGGACUGUAAUGCAUCUGAAAAAAUUAAAUGUCAUACCAGUAUGGGAAUGAAAUUAGAAAAAAUUAAAGAGCUUGUCCCAUUAUGAAAUGCUUUGGAUUUAAAAAUUCUCCUCCUGGUGUAUAUAUUAUAAACAGAUGGCAUCCUUCUGUCAUUUUACUCCUUUGUCAAUGUCUUUUGUUUCACAUUUUUAUCACUUUUGUUUUUGAUGUAAAUAAUUUUAGUCCAACAACUUAUGGUUUGCAAAGGAAAAAAAAACAUUGAGAAUGGAGACACAAAUGUGAAAUAUCUGGUUAUCAAACUGUAUAUUAUAUAUAUGAAAAAAAUGUCUAUGAUGUAUUAAUAAAUUGACAAAAAAACUG